UCCAGCCCCUCUGUAAGCAACACUAACAAAGAACUGAGUUCUUUACUGCUUUACUCAGCAUCUCUAUAAAUGAUGGGGAAGAAACACAAGAAACACAGAUCAGAUAAACCAGCUCAGGAUGGAGAAUGUGCAGAAAGGCCACUUAAGCUGGUUUUAAAGGUGGCGGGUAACGAGGUCAGCACCGGACGUGCAAGUAUCAAACCGGUCCUCAACAAUCAGGUGGAGUCUGACAAACACAAGGACAAAAAGAAGAAGAAGAAAAAGAAGGACGGAAAGGACAAGGAAACCUCUCCUGGUUCACCGGUGGACGACCAAAAGAAAAAAAAGAUGCCAAAAAAGAGAAAAGCCAACGAUUCAUUGGAUCUGGAUUGUGAUGAGCGGAGCAGGACUCCAGCCCGGUCAGAUGUAUCGCAGGAUAAACCGCUCACGCCCUCGCAGGCUAAAAUGGAUGAUAAAAACCAGACUCCACUACAGGAAGCUCUGAACCAGCUGAUCAGGCAGUUGCAGAGGAAAGACCCAAAUGCGUUCUUUUCGUUCCCUGUAACGGACCUGAUCGCUCCAGGCUACACACUGGUCAUAAAGAGGCCCAUGGAUUUUAGCACCAUGAAGGAGAAGGUGAAGAGAGAGUACUACAACACCCUUGAUGAGCUGAAGCUCGAUUUUAAAACCAUGUGUGAGAAUGCCACGGUUUAUAACAAGCCAGAAACUAUUUACCACAAGGCUGCAAAGAAGCUCCUCCACUCCGGCAUGAAGAUCCUAAGCCCAGAGAGGCUGCAGAGCUUGAAACAAAGUAUUGAGUUCAUGGCAAACCUGAAAACAGGCAGAGGAGGGGAGGACGGAGAUGACGGAUCAUUGAGUGAGCACAGGCUCGGGUUAUCUCCCAUGUAUAUCAGCGAUAACUCACAAUCACCUAGAGCGGCCCAUCGAGACACGCCCAGUAAAGAUUCCAAAGAUGAUGCUCAGAGGAGUGCGGUUAAGGCAGUGAAAGAUUUGAAGGAAAUUAAAAAGCUCAUAGAGGAAUCGGGAGGUAAACUCUCCAACAGGAGCCUGCAGUGUGAGAUGGAGUUUGAGCGGAGGAAGACUGAUGGCUCAACCACGCUGGGAAUCCUGAACCCUGCUGAUUUACAGGCUGGUGAUCCAGGGUACUGCCCAGUAAAGCUGGGAAUGAUGGGAGGUCGUCUACAGACUGGUGUGAACAUCUUACAGGGUUUUAAGGAGGACAAGAGGAACAGAGUUACUCCAGUGUUGUAUAUGAACUAUGGACCAUACACUUCAUACGCCCCUUCAUACGAUUCCACCUUUGCCAACGUCAGUAAGGAGGAGUCGGAUCUGAUCUACUGCUGUUACGGAGACGAGUCCAGCCUGCAGAGCUCUGAGAGCAGCAUUUCAGAUUUCCUGGCCAAGUCAGAAGAGCACAUGAACAGAUUAGCGGACAAUGUUUUGGACGCACUGACCAAUGGAGAGCACUCCAGAAACCUAAAGACUGAGGCCAAUGGCCAGGACGGGGAGGAGGUGACGGAGAAACCAGACAGUGCCGAUGAUGAGGUGGUCAGACCUGAAGUAAACACUGCGAACAACGUGACUGUUCUGAGUUCAGUUGUGAGCGUAGGGUUGGGGCUCGACCUUCCGGCCGAUAGCUUUGACUCCGAGGAAGCAGAGAAGUUCCAGAAGAAGCUGGAUGAAACAACACAGUUGCUCUGGGAUCUGCAGGAGGCUCAAAGGGAGAGACUUAGCACCAAACAGCCUCCCAACAUCAUCUGCCUGAUUGCACCUACUACUAAAGAGUUACAGCUAGCGGAAAAAGUGACUGAAAAUUUGGCCCAGCUGACGGGUCAGGUGACUCCUGCUGAUGUGAGCUGUUUGUAUGGAAUAAGGAAGGCCAUGGGCAUCUCACUUCCUGCUGAACAGGCCGAGGACGCACUCAUACACCUGACCGCAGUGGGAGCAGAUCAGAUGGACGUUGUGUGUACGGACGCAGAUGAUGUUCCGGCCAUCAUGGCCAGUUCAGACGAUGUUCCAGCCAUUGCAGUGUAACUGUGAUCUGUCAUUGCUCUACUGAUGGUUCUUUUCUUCCGUGUUUGUACUUUUUGAAUAAUAAACAGCUUUUUCCCCA